AUGUUGAGGGCGUUUUGCGCGCGAUGUGUGCAUGUAGGAUUGCUGUGGUUCGUUCUGUGGCUCUGCGAUGUCGAUGGACUUAUAGAAAUAGUGGAAGAACAACAAUGUCACGACAACGAAUUCCGGCUAACGUGCCGGGAGCUGGACUCACAUAUAGCAGUGUUAGAGGCGUGGUACACUUCCGCAGAAGACUACCAGUUCAACACCACCACCCACGAAAGUCUUACGAUCAAAACUGAAAACGAUUCAGAACUAAACAGAGUUUAUGUGUAUUCUAGUCCAAAACACAACGGUGUUUACCAGCUCUCAAAUCAUUCCAUGUUUGAAAACUUAAGUUCUUCAACUGUUAAUAAUACUUUUGAGUUUGAUGAUUUUUUCAAUGAGACGUUUUCGAACGAAGCGAUAGAUGUCUCGGUGGAUAUUUUCAAUGUGUCUGGGUGUGGAGUGCCAACAUUUGCAAGGAGUUAUGCCAGUUGGCGGGAAGGAGAUAAAAGGAGACGGCAUCAGGCGAGGGAGAUGUCGAUUAAUUUAAGAGCACCUGUCACUUAUCGUGUCGUCGUCGUGUACGUCACAAAAAUAAGUGACGACAAACCAAUUCUAAAAGAUCUCAAUCACUCCUUGAAAAAAGCCCAUGUUAUAUUAAAUGCCAAAUAG